CCUUAGCAGAGUCGUGUGGUGACCCCUCCUGGACCUCGCAGUGCUUGGCUUAUUGACCGCCGCUGCUGCCCAUGCGCUUCAUCCUGGUCUAGGAGCACCGCUGAGCUUGCCCUGGUCUUAUUCCACCCCUCGAUCCCCAUCUUUCCGAUCUUCGGUCCUCCAUCUCGACUUUUUAUUCCAAGCUGCUUCUUCCUCGAGUCCUAUCUUUCCUCCCUUUCCACUUGCUUAUUAUUGUCGUUUUCCUUGCAAGAUACCCCGAGGUCGACCCUGUUAUCCUCCGUCUCCAUCUCCGAGAUCACUCCCUACCUCCCCACUGCAGACACGCAUCUCACUGCCACCAUGACACAACAAAGCGUCGGUUCGCAUAAGCGCGAGGUCAAGUCCAUCUGCUGCAUUGGCGGUGGCUACGUCGGCGGCCCUAGCGCUGCCGUCAUUGCCAACAAGGCACCACACCUCCUUGUCACUGUCGUCGACAUUGACGCCCGCCGCAUUGCUGCGUGGAACUCGGAUCUGCUUCCCGUCUACGAGCCCAACCUGUUUGAGCUCGUGCAGCCUGCUCGCGAUGGCAGCAGCGGCCGCGAACCCAACCUGGUCUUCUCCACUGACAUUGACCAGAAGAUCAGAGAGGCUGACCUCGUCUUCAUUGGUGUCAACACCCCCACCAAGAAGACUGGUCUGGGUGCCGGCAAGGCCUCUGACCUCAGCUGGCUUGAGGCUGCCACGCGCCGCGUCGCGAGAGCCGCCACUAAGGACACCAUUGUCGUCGAGAAGAGCACCGUCCCCUGCGGCACUGCCAACAUGAUGCGGGAGAUUCUGGCUGCCAAUGCCCAGCCCGGCGUCAAGUUUGAGGUUCUGUCCAACCCAGAGUUCCUCGCCGAGGGCACCGCCGUGCGCAACCUGCUUCACCCCGACCGCAUCCUUAUCGGAUGCCUCGAGACCGAAUCUGGCUAUGCUGCCGCCAACGCCCUGGCCGAUGUGUACGCCAACUGGGUGCCCCGCGAGAGGCUCAUCACCCUUAACCUGUGGUCGUCCGAGCUGGCCAAGCUGGCAGCUAAUGCCAUGCUUGCCCAGCGCAUCUCCAGCAUCAACUCCUUCUCUGCGAUCUGCGAGGCUGUGGAUGCCAACAUCCAGGAUCUGGCGUACGCCGUCGGUCUCGACACACGCAUCGGCCCCAAGAUGCUGAAUGCCUCGGUUGGCUUCGGUGGCAGUUGCUUCAAGAAGGAUAUCCUCAACCUAGUCUAUAUCUCAGAGUCACUCCACCUGCCAGAGGUCGCCGCCUACUGGCGGAUGGUCGUCGAGGUCAACGAGUACCAGAUGGCUCGCUUUGUCAAGCGCAUUGUCAACUCGAUGUACAGCACGCUGUCCAACAAGAAGAUUGCCGUUCUGGGCUUCGCCUACAAGAAGGACACUGGCGACACCAGAGAGAGUGCUGCCAUCACGGUGGUCAAGAGCCUGAUGGCCGAGAAUGCCUCGAUACACAUCUUCGACCCCCAGGUUCGGGAGGAGCAGAUCAUGGCCGACCUGCAGGUCGAGCGGGGCGACAAACAGAUCACCGUGUCCAGCAGUCCCUACGACGCCUGCCAGGACGCUCACGCGGUGGUCAUUCUGACCGAGUGGGACAUGUUCAGCAACAAGGCAUCCAAGACGCUCGCGCCGCCGGCCAACGAGGCGGGCGGCAUGGCCAAUGGCGGCGCCGCCAAGCCUUCUCCCAAGCACGAGAAGGUCGACUGGGCGCGCGUGGGUGAGCUCAUGGAGAAGCCGGCAUACGUCUUCGACGGCCGCAACACGGUGGACAAGGCCGUGCUGGAGGACUUGGGCUUCCGGGUAGAGGCCAUUGGUGUUGCCUCGUCAUCCAGGUUGACCAUGUAGAUUUGGUCCCGGUCCCAGGGUGGGGCCGAGAUCGCGUAAAAGAGAGGAGUGGAGGGGGGGGACGGCGUCACGGAUAGAUCUUUUUUUUUUCUCGCGUGCCUGUUGAGCACCGAGUGUCGAGCAUUUUUCCGAUAUGUGCAUUGCAAAGCGAACUGGUUUGGUUACUACGGAUUGAUGGGCUUGUUGUGUCACAAGCUGGGGGGGCCGAGAUGCCUGGUCCAUGGGAUUUUUCAAGCAUAGAGAGAGAGAGAGAGACAAGAGAGCCACAACAGAAGCCUUGUGGCUCCUAGUAAUGAAAGAACCCACAAUGAGACUUGAUCCCUUUCA